AUGAUCAUGAAAGAAGACCUAACUCUAGCAGAUUCCUUUGCUCUAGCAGAAAAGCAUGCGCUUUGGGACGAGGCUCGACAAGCAGAAAAAGCUUCCGAACAACCUCGAAAAGAGUUGGCAACUGCUCAAAAGAAGGAUGAAAAACAACCCAACAAGGGCAGGCAGGAGUUCAAGCGCAGGGACCGACCCACGACCAAAGAAGGCCCAAUGACCAACAACUAUUCUAAGUUCUCAAUUCCGAUUCAUCAAAUCCUUCGAGACGUCAAGAAUGAACCAUGGUUCAAGUUGCCGAGGCAGUCAAAAGGAGAUACUUCCAAGUUGGACCAUACUAAGUACUGCGCAUUCCACCGAGGUCCCGGUCACACAACCAACGAUUGCUACACUUGGAAGAACUACCUAGAGAAACUCGUGAAAGAAGGCAAAGUCGAUAGAUAUUUGGACAAGCCAGCUGAGCAGCCAAAAAGGAAUGCAGACGGAGAUGAGGAGCCACCAACUAAGACGAUUCGAAUCAAUGGCAUUUUCGCUGAGUCCGAGCACUUAGGGGCUACUAAUAACUCCAAAAAGAGGAAGAUCCAGCAGGCUUUACUAAUCUCACAAGUUCAUGCAGUCGAUACCCAACCUGGACCUAUCAUUGGCUUCACAGAGCAGGAUGCAGAAGGAGUCGACUUCCCACACAACGAUGCAUUAUCAUUCAGAAGAUGGGCCUGGAAAGUACAAUCAUACGCCGGGCAGAGGUACUUACUGGAUUCAACGGACACACCUCAACUGCCAUCGGUUAUAUCAUACUUGACGUAA